UCUGUCAGUGUGUUUUGGCCCUCUACACACAGAUUCUAUACAUUUCAGAAAUAGCUGCAGGUGUAAUCGCGAUUCUUCUGCCUAAGGUGUACGUACGUCACGGAGUUUUUACAUUCUUUAGCCUUGACACGUCACUCCAGUGCUUCUUUCCGCCCGCGGCAAAGAAAAUUUUUUCUCGGUCGAGUACAUCCAGAAUCAGGAGUAAAUGGUUUUCUAGCUAACAUUCGCACACAAAUUCUUUUGCUUUUUUUCUGACAGGAAAACUAGAGAUGGGUGAUUGGACUACCUAAAUCUUGACCAGUACUAAUAUCAAGCUCAGCAUGUCUCAUCAUAGCGAUGAUGGAAUGCUUAUUGCCGGAAGCGACAGCUUCUGGGAACCUGGUAACUAUAAAAGAACUACAAAAAGAGUUGAAGAUGGAUUUCGCCUUUCAAAUGAUAUGAUCACAUUGAUUCAGGAGAGAUGUGAAAUUGAAAAAGUAUUUGCUAAGAGCUUAAGAAAUUGGUCCAAAAAGUGGAAUGAAUUAAUUGAGAAAGGUCCUGAGUAUGGCACGACAGAGGCAGCUUGGAAAUCUGCUUUAGUUGAAGCAGAUCGUAGGUGUGAUAUGCAUCUUAGAGUUAGAGACCGUUUGGUAAAUGAUGUAAUCGGCCAGAUAAAACAAUGGCAAAAAGAUAAUUACCAUAAAUCUAUGAUGACUCUUAAAGAGAGGAAAGAAAUGGACGAUGCUUUCAAAAAGGCUCAAAAACCAUGGGCAAAGCUGCUUCAGAAAGUUAAUAAAUGUAAAUCAGAGUAUCAUGCUGCAUGCAAGAAUGAAAGAUCUGCUAUAAAUCAAGAAAGAAAUGCUUCUAGUGAUACAUCUCUUUCCCCUGAUCAGGUUAAAAAACUUCAAGAUCGAGUUUCAAAAUGUAAAGAUGAAGUUCAGAAGACAAAAGAGCGUUAUGAACAAGCUCUGAGAGAAAUCAAUGAUUAUAAUGCCAAAUAUAUGGAGGAUAUGACAGUUGUCUUUGAUAAAUGCCAAGAGUUUGAAGAAAAGAGAUUGGGUUUCUUCAAAGAAAUGCUUUUUGGCAUAAAUGGCUGCCUUAAUAUUUCUACAGAUCCAGAGCUUCCUCAAAUAUAUGAAGAAUUUAGGCACUCUAUUCAAAAUGCAGAUGCAAGUAAAGAUCUGAAAUGGUGGUCUACAAAUCAUGGCGUUGGAAUGGCCAUGAAUUGGCCUGUUUUUGAGGAUUAUUCUGAAGAGUUCAGAGAUAUUGUAGGAAAAAGCAAGAAAGCUCCAUUUCCAGAAAGUGGCAUUAUGCUUGUCAAUCAGCACAGGAUUAAUGAAGAUCUUCCUGAAUAUAAUCCAGAAUUCCAUAAUGUUUCUAAGAAGGAAAAGAAGAAUAAUGAUGGUGUUACCCUUACUAAUAUUCAAAACAAUCAAAACAAAAAUGGGAAGGAAAAAAAUUUAUCUAAUAGGAAUUCUGGUAUUAGUACAAAUGGAGGGCAAGAUAAUAAUCCAUUUGAUGAUGAUCAAGAAGAUUGGGAUGAAGGCUCAAAUGAUGCUCUAGUUGAUAAUGGUGAACCUGGUGUCCCUGUAAAAGCCCUAUAUGAUUAUGAAGGUGCUGAGGAAGAUGAAUUAACUUUCAAAUGUGGUGAUGUUUUUGAAAAACUUGAAGAUGAAGAUGAGCAAGGCUGGUGUAAAGGUCGUAAAGAUGGUCGAGUUGGACUGUACCCUGCUAACUAUGUUGAGCUUGUUAAUAAUUGAGAAGAAACUUUUGACUUUUAAUUGCUGUUUCUCACACAUCUAUCACAUAAAUAAUUUCUGAAAGUGCCAUCUUGUCCAUUUUGUGCAAUUUUAAAAUUCCCAUAUUAAAAGCCAUUCACUGUUAGACUGAUACCUGCACUUUUGUCUCAUGCAAAUCGCAGCUAGGAAAGGUAUUAUUUUAUUCUAAUGUUUUAGCUUUAGUAUUAUUAUAAUUAUCUUAAAAAUAAAACUUAGUGAAAACAAAUAUAAAUAGAUGCAUUUCAAAUCAGCUGUCAAGAUAUUGUUUUUUCAUAGUUAUCAGGAGUUUUGUUUUGUGAUAAAGUGCAUUUAUUUUAAGUGAUUUACUGUUCAGACUAUAAUUUUAUUUGAAUCUCAAUAUAAUUUUGAUUUUAUACUUUCCUCUAAUUUAUCUUUUUGUAGAAUUUAAAUGAAAUAUGUAGAAUGCUAUGAAGAAAUUCGUAAGCAGUUAUGUUGAGUGCAAUGCAUUUCUUAUGUUAUUUCUUUUUUGAAGUCUAAUUUCAACUGUUAUGUGUUAUUUAUGUGAUGGCUUGAUGAUUUUUUUUUUCUGGUGGACCUGCUGAAAUUUUUAUUUUCUUCUAGAAAUGCAAUGUUGUAAAAUAAGAUUUGUCAUCUGUGUCCUACACAUUCCUUUAGCGGUAUUAUUCUUAUUGUUAUGAAUUUCUUUUUUUUAGUAUACUACUAUAAAAUAUUUUAUUAAAAAUGAGCAGUUCUUUUGCUGUAUUUUAAUUUAUAAUACAAGCUCUAUCACUUUAUUUGUAUUCAAGAUUACAUUCGAGCGUUUUUGGUUUUGUGUACCUCUUCCCAAAUUAGUUGUAUGUGGUUGUGCAGUUAUUAUAGAAAUAAGCACGAGGACCAUAGGCAUUUCCAAUAUUUUCAGUUUUAAAAACUGCUUCUUUUUGCAGCUAAGUAUACAAUUAAUAUUGUACAUUAAUUUGCUUUUGAAAUUUGUAAGAUGUGUUUGGUUCUUCUAUGAGUGUGAUUAAGCAGUAUUAUGCAGUGAUAGCUUGUGAAUUUUAUUUUUAUAGAUUUUUACGAUAUUCUUUCCUUUUGGGAUAAUGUCUUGUAUGGAAAAAUGGAAGUCUUGAAUUUUGAAAUCUUUUAUCUAUUUACGAUUAUUUAUAUGUAUAUUACCAUCAUUCCAAGGCUGCUUGCAUAAAUUUAAGACAAAUUUUGUGUCUUAUUUCUCAUUAGAAUAUUUAGUUAGUAUUAUAAUGCUCAUGUCCAUUUUAAUAUGGUAGUGUUGUUGCUCACAAAUUAUUUGGCAUUUUAAACACUAUCAUUUAGACACAAUGUUAAUAUGCCUAUAAAAUAUUUCAUGUUUAUUUAAUAAUUCUUUAUCUCGUGAUUGCCAUUUACAUUUUCAUCAGUCAAAAAUAAGAGAACUAGUUUUAAUUGGAAAUUAUUGUUUAUAUACUAAAAAACUUCAUUCCAAGUCAUAAUGCUAAAAAUAAAUAAAUAAAAACAUAAAUUAUGAUGCAAUUUAAGUAUUUUAUGUUGCUAUGAUUCUUGUAGUGUAUUUUACACUAUUUUGUGAAGAUAUAUACCUUCUUUAGCUUUGAAUAUUAAGCUUGUAUUUUUAUGCAGGCUUUCUUUUAUAAAUACUCUAUACUUUAUUAUGUAUUUAUUUCAAGUGUCUGCAAAUAUUAAUUUGAUUUUGUGCUAAAUUAGCAUUAUUUUCAAAAUAAUUGGCAAUUUUACUAAUUGAUAACCACUCAUCGACUUUUUGCACUUUUAUUUAUUUAGAAGAUUUUUUUUGUUUUAUCGUGAGAAUGAAUAUAUAUAUAAUAUAUUCUUUACACUUCGGAGGAAACAUAGAAUGUAAACAGUUUUUCCCCCCUUUAAUAAUUUUGUCCUUUUCUAAUUCACACUAAAAUUCAAGAAGUUAAAGAAGCAAGACUAAUUUACAAUUAACAAUGGAAGGUAAUUUGUCACAAUUAAAUUGUUUUAUUUUGCAGUUGAAAAGUAGUUUGUGCUAGUCAUUUAUUGGAAUCUUUGAUUAAUUAAAUUGAAGAAUAGAACAUUAUUGCUAAAAAGUUGUUCUCUUUAAUAUCUUUAACAAAUAAAAAUUUUUUUAUAUAUAUAUUUUCACCUAUUUAUCACUCCUAAUAAAAGGAGUUUCUGUAAAUAAAAUGGGAAUAGGACAGUGGAGCUUAUACUGGUUAGGUAGGUCUUCCAAUAUAUUUUCUUGUAAAAAAAAGACUUGCAAAUAUUAAUUGCAAGUAAGUUUUUGGGGGAAAACCUCAGGAAAUGUUUAUGCUGUUUAUUUUGUUAUUUGUUUUUAUUAAAUUGUUUCAAAUAUAUAUAGUUUUCAUUGUUUCAUUAGCUGAUAUUUUAUUUCUGGAAGCUAUUCUCACAUUAUAAACUGUUUCCAAGUGUUGUGAAUCUCUUUACUUCUGUUUUCUUCUUAAUAAUUUUUAUAUUUGUAAAUAACAUAGCAUGUAAAUAGUUUUAAAAUGCUGAAACUUUUUUACUUUGUUGAAUGCUGCAUUUCCAUUUGAAUUGCUGGCAUUUUAUUUUUCUGUUUGUAUUUGUUUCAACUGGAUCUUAAAUAAGUAAACAUUUAUUUCUGAUAAAAUGUUUUAUGCUUUUAAUACUGUGCCCUAAGUUAUUUUACAUAAUGGUUUAAUACAAUUUGCUUGAAUUUUUCGUAAAUAUUGAAAUGUUACAAAAACAGUUUCUUUUUAGUAUUCAUUUAACUUUGGCACACUUCAAAUUUACUAGAAUAUGAUGCACCUUUUUUUUCUCCCAUCCAUAUCAUCAGAGCUGAUUUUUUUUUCGUACUAUCAAAUGGCAUCCAUCUAUCAAAUCUCAAAAAAGGGCUUCCAAAUUAUUGAAUUCAACUAUCAGUAUUAUUUAUUCAAGAGUAGAAUUAUGCAUUAGCUUGAAUUAAGAAUGUAAUUUGUAAAUGGAAUGUACAUUUAUGUUUUUUGAAGUUCUCAUAUAAUGACUUUUCAAAUAUUCAUUCCUCUUAAAAUGAACAUAAUUUUUAAAAAUAUGGAAAUCUAUGCCAAAAUUUGUGUCAUUAUCUUCAAGUUCAAAUUUUCUUAAUGUAUAACAUUUAAUACUCUUUUUGCAAGUCCAAUAUUAUACAAUUUGUUAUAACUUUUAUCAUUCCACCACUGAUAUUAAAUGUUGAAAUCACUUAUAUAGUACCAAUAGAUCGUAUAUUUUUGCACAUAAUGUAAAUAGAUGUUGUAUAAUUAUAUAUCAAAUCUUUAUUUUCACUGACACUCUAUUUUGAGAAAGUUUAAGCUGUGCAUUCUUCUGUCAAUUAAUGCACUCACACUAACAUUUUAAAGUUCACUUCAUGUGCAUGUGUCGUUAAGCAGUUGCUGUUGAUACCCUAUUAACGUAGCUUUGUCAAAAUUAAAUAUUCUUAUUCUGUUCAAGUUAAUAAUUUAUUGCUAAUUUUUUUCAUAAAUGAUUUUAAAAAAUAUUUUUGUUUGUUAUAUUAAUACUUUUUGUCUAACUUCUAUUUUAAAUUUCUUAAGAAAUGGAAUUUGUUUUGCUUUUAAAUAUGAUUUUUUGAUUGUGUUUUUUAUGUGUAUUUGACGUGUAAAAAUGUUGUUUUAUUUGAAUGAUUGAUUUUUCCUCUUUGAAAAUAAUGUUUAAAAUUAUAUCAUAUCCUAACAUUUCUUUCAAAAUAAAUCAAUUUUCAUUUUUUUUAAAAUAUUGUUUUAAGUUAGGGAUGAUGUCAUAAACAUUUCAACUAGAUAAAUGAACAUUCCAAGCUAGUUAUUUUAAUUUUUUGUUGAUAAAUGACUGUCUUAUUAGUUAUAAUUCUUUUAUAUUGUCUAUACCCAUAGUUAUUAUUUGUUGAAAUAUUAAUAUGGAAUGGUUUUGUAUUUUUCAUCUAUCAAGACCUAGUUGAAAAUUUUUUCAUCUUGAAAGAAAUUUCAAGUUUUAUUAAUGGAAUUUAUUGCCUACAGGAUCUUUUAAUAUUUCUAUUUAACUGAGUAAUAUUUAUAUAUAUAAAAUUUUAUAUAGUAAAUAUAUUAAUUAUUAGAAUGUCUUCUAUUUUAAUAAAUUUCACUCACUUGCUUGAAAGGUUAAAAAUCUUUUUUGUUAAAUGGAAAGUUCAAGUUAGGUGAUAUUUUAAUAAUAUCAUUUACUAUUUUUAUCAUUUUGCCUUUAACUGUUGUCAAUUUUUAAAAGAAUCUGUUCUGACCUUUUUCUAAAAAAAUAACUAAUUUGUAUUAGUUAAAAAUAACAAUGCCUGUUAUAUCUUGAAAUUGCUUAUUUAAGCUAGAUGUGAUUAUUUUCUUGUAUGAUAUGUAUUUAGUUUCAUAUACAAGAUCAUAUGCCAGUAACAUGAACCUGGAUUGUGUAGUGAAACGUCCAUGUAGAAUAAAAAUAUUUUGUAAUUGCUUUAUUAAGAAUGAACUAUAUACAUUUCAUUAUAAUAUAAUGUUCUGCCAACUAACAAGGUAAUAUUUACAAAAUUUACUUUGUACAAACUUGUAUGGCAGCUGCACUCUACCUAGUUGAAACAAUAAAGUUGUGAUGUCUUGAA